AGAUAUCAGCAACGACGCAGCGGCGCUGGAGAGAGGUAUGGAAGCAGUAGAACGCGCUCCCCAAGACCCAGUAGAAGCACCCGAAUCUCCCCAGGCUACCAUGGCAACGGAUGCCAAGGCCAAUGCAGCGAAGGCUACUCAGGUGAAAGGCAAUACGAAGCCAAGGAAACGAUUGGUACGACGUUCCCAGGUUACGCAAGACAGUGACAGUGAGGAUGCGCGGGAAGAUGAUCAGAGUACCAAGAAUUCGGCUGUACCGGUAAUGGAGGAAAGCACGCAGACAACACGGGGUAGACCCAAGAGGAGGUUACAACGCCGUGCGCCAGUACAGGAUACACCGGAUUUAACUGACAGCGAAUCAGAAUCCGGGGAUAUUGGAGAUAAGGGGCGCAAGAGCCAACCAAAAGACUCACAAUUAAGCGGUGGAGAGAGCGGGAGUGAGAGCGAGGCAGACGAGAGGAGGGGUGUUAGGAAUGACAAGAAAGCUAGCACACAGACAAGGACCAAGAAAAGGCAACCAAAGAGUACUGCCACAACACGGCCAAAGAGAAAUACACAAUCCCGGGUGGAGGUACAGCCAGAUAAUGACUCAGAAAGUGCUGCAGAGGCAUCGGCAAUAGAUGAACUGGAAGAUGCAGGUAUAGACAAGAAAGUUAGGGGUAGGAAUAAGUAUCCUACCAUGAAUGAGACAACGGAUACAUCGAUACGUAAAGGGAAAGAGGUGGAGGACGUUGACCAGGGGCUCAGGAGUGCCUUUGCGGAUGUAUGGGAAGGCCAUGCAGAAGCCAUCAAGUGGCUGAAAGAGGAGAUGGGCGAUAUCCGUACCAUGCAGCAGAGCAACCUCGACUCACCCGACGAUAACAUUGAGCUGUUCCCACUGGAAGACUUCCAGGAGAAGGCGCUGGCGGACAAGGCCUUCAACGCCAUGCUCAGGUGCCUCAGUUACAACCCCCCUGACGACCAGUGCGAAUAUUGGCACUACAAGAACGGUACAGAUAUAAGCAAGGACUACACCGCACUCCAAACACUGGUGGAGGCAGCGGAGAACAGCACGGGCGAUUCCAACUCAACUCAGACGGCAUCUAUCAAAUCCACUGCCGAUGAGAAGAAGGCAAACAAGUCUCGCGCUACAGCCACACAGCCUAGGACGAGUGCAAAAGUAGACAACAAACCGAAACAGAGGCUACGACGCGGCGCAAGGACCAAGCGUGCAGCGGAGGAGUCCGACAAAUCCGACAAAUCCGACAGCGAGAACGAGAGUCUUCUGGCCAGUGCACUGACUAAUGGACGCAGGAGUAAGAAGGCGAAGGUGUAUGUGGGUGGGGAUAAGCGGAAGAACAAGAAAACCACUACAAAGCCGAAAAACAUAGACAAUGGUACUGACGAGACUGAGCCCAUAUUAAGGGGGAAGCGGAAGCGGAAGGAUGCCGAUCAUGAGAAAACCCAAGCUGAGGCGAAUGAUAGUGAGAGUGGCGAGGAUUCCGAUAGCUCGGAUAGUCAGGGGGAUGCUACGAAGAAACCGAAGCGUGCGGUGGGAACGCAGUCAGGUUCGGAAUCUUAUGACAUGUCGAUUAUGAAACCAAAAGCCAGCACGAAAAACGCAACGGUGGAGCGCAAGGCAGAUAGCACGAGUGUGGAUACGAAUGAGAGCAAUGGUUCUCCCCAGCGGGAGGAUGCAGAGAAGGUCAUGCCUGCGUCUAAGAAACGAGUAUUAUUAAGGCGGGUUAAGAAAGCGAGUGAGAGCAGUGAAGAUGAUGACGGUAAUAGAUCGCAGGAGGAGAAGAGUUCUGAGACACCUAGUGCCGAUCAACAAACUGGGAAGAGGAUAGCCUCGAGACAGGUCAUGGAUGAUAGUGAUGAGGAUGACGAGUAGUGUUAAUAUAGUAAAACAGGACAACAAAGUACGAUACAACGGGUGCUUUGAUACAAUUUAUAUCCCGUUAUAUGAUUUGUGGUAGUGCUAGUGAUAGGCAUGUGGUGUGGGCGGGCAUACUCUUCUAACUAAAUACGAAGCGUAUCGGCGUCUAUGGCGCUGUCCGCGCUUGCAACUCUGUCUUGUCGUACAAUCUUACGACCUUUAUUGAUUCAGUAAAUCUUUGAGAUAAUACUCUAAUUUCCAAUGUCCGUCCUUGAACAAGCACUAAUGGAAAACAAAAC